UCGAUUUCAACAAUUAACAGUUUACUUUUUAUCUUACCUGUUAUAUAAUUCUAGUUAUAAACUAAUAUGAAGAAUCCUUUGAAAAGUUGUGGACUACUUAAAACUUCAUUUAGAUUUAUACAAACAGCUUUGUACAGUUCCAAAGGUCAUGUGCUAAUCGGAGGUGGAACUGGAUUUAUUGGCAAAAACUUGAGAGAAUUACUGUUGAGAGAAAAAUAUGAAGUCACAGUUGUAUCUAGAAUUAGGACUGGAGAGAAACAUAUUAUUAAUUGGGCGGAUUUAAUACAUAAUGGUGUUCCAAGUAACACAACUGCUGUGGUCAAUUUGACUGGUGAACCUAUCAUGGUUCCUUUUAAAUAUUUUGGGAGCAACUUUAAACAAAAAAUUUGGACCAGUAGAGUUGGAUCUACCACGUUGCUAACUGAUAUAAUAUUAAAUUCUACUGAAUGCAAGCCUAAUGUGUUUAUUACAAUCAAUAGUACUGAUAUGUAUCCAUCCGAUGGAGUUCACACAGAAAAAUUUAUUCCUACAGACCAAAUGAUAGAUUGUAAUUUCUUCACUAGAUUAGGAAUUGAUUUGGAGCAAGCUUCAAAGAAUUUUCCUUUUCGUAAAAUAUCAAUUAGAACAGGAACAGUACUGGGUCACAAUGGUGGAUUUCUCAAAUCCUUGAAAUAUCCUACAACUCUAGGCAUAGGGGCUCAGAUGGGAGAUGGAUGUCAGCAUCAGCCUUGGAUACACAUCUGUGAUUUACUUAAUCUUAUAUUAUUUUCAAUAGAGAAUGAAGAACUUUGUGGAAUAUUCAAUGGAGUAUCACCAAAUUGCACAACUAAAGAAGAAUUCAUUACUGUUUACACCUUAAUGGCAAAAAAAUCGCCAAUGAAGUUAAAUACAUCUAGAACAUUAAUUAAGUCAAUAUUUGGAGAAGAAAGAACAAAAUUAUUACUAGAAGGAAGAAAAGUUUUACCAACAAGGACUUUGGAUUGUGGAUUUAAAUUUCAAUAUUGUGAAAUCGAAGAUGCUUUGAGAAGUAUUUUAAUUUCCAAUUUUGGUGGCGAAGAUAAACCAUGUAGUUAUGACUUAUGACAAAAUUAGACUGUUGUAUAUCACACUG